UGUUACGGAUGUGUGCAACACAUGCAACGACACCGGCGCCUCAUCAUUUUCAUCAUCGUACUGCGAGUGGACCUGACUGAUACAGAGACUGUUAUAUGUCGAGUACGGUACAACCAACACCUUUGGAUAAACCCGUUUUAGGACCAGAGAGCCUCUGAUUAAGCUAACAGUAGUUAGCCUAGCUAGCGUAGCUGGUGAACUUAUCGCUGCUCAGUGAGUUAACUACACUCAACUUUAUCCAACUCGAGUAAGCUAGCCAGGCAGGUGACGCUGUAACGUUAGCUAAACGCAAGGACGGUCUUUGAACUCUCCAAGGUUCGAGGUCAUUCUGUGGCGUCCACCUGAAGGGUAACGUUAGCCAGCUGGUUUCGGGAGACUAAUUAGUCAUGAAGAACCUGCCGUACUUCUGCCGGGGAGAGGUCAUUCGAGGCUUCGGGAGAGGCAGCAAAGAACUGGGAAUUCCCACAGCCAACUUCCCCGACUCAGUGGUGGACAAUCUUCCAGCAGAUAUCAGCACAGGGAUCUACUAUGGCUGGGCCUGCGUUGGUAAUGGUGAUGUCUACAAAAUGGUGAUGAGCAUUGGCUGGAACCCUUACUACAAAAAUACAAAGAAGUCCAUGGAGACCCAUGUGAUUCACACAUUCAAAGAGGACUUUUACGGGGAGAUUCUCAGUGUUGUCAUGGUUGGCUACAUUCGUCCAGAGAGAAGCUACGAUUCACUUGAAGCCCUCAUUACGGCCAUCAACAAUGACAUUGAGGAGGCCAAGGUCAAGCUGGAGCUCCCAGAGCAUCUCAAACUGAAAGAGGACAACUUCUUCACCAGUGCUCCCAGCUCGUCUUCAGCCCUGCCCUCACCCACCGUGUCCACAUCACAGACUAUUAUGAAUGGUCACUGACAGCUGGCUGUGAUUGUGUGCACACACCAGAACAACACAGGUUUCUAUGUACAUGCAGGUGCAUGUGUACAUACUCAUUAAAGUGCACAGCCUCAUUGUGAGAUCUCAUAUCUGUCGCCAUGGCUGCACAUGGACAUAAUCAUUCAACCGAUCUUUUUUUAUAUUGUAUUUUUUAUUUUUUUGUCACUGUCUGUAUUUCAUGAGCUGUGUAACGUCCUGUAUGGGUUUGUUGCAGACAGCACAUAUUCACACCAGAUUGCAUAAUCACUCAGCAUAACUGUAUAAGAAGCUCAUGGGUCUCACUUGUCUUGCUGUAUAUUUGGAAUAUUUUAUGUGAGAAGGUACCUACAAAAUUUUGGAAUGAGGGGUGACCACAUCAACACAAAACCUGAAUUAUGAGAAUGACACAAAUAGACCAUCUAGCCAAGCUCAAACAUUUAUUUAGUCCUUUUCUGUUGCGAUUUGUUUCUGUGUCAGUCUAUUAAGUCUGGGCAUUAUAAUCUGUUACAAAAACACUGGUUGCACUGUUGGAUGACCCUAUGCAACAUUAUGGCUAAAUGCAAGGCAUCUCUUUGAAGACAAGAUUAAAUUAUGAAAUCAUAUAAUAGUAUUAUGCUUGCUCUCCUUUCGUUUUCCUCAUGAGAAAAAGUCUUUCGCCUUGUCUUUUGUGACACAAGCCCUCUACUGUUUACCGCUGUCCUAAAAUUGAAUGGCCAUAUUACUUGCAUUGGACCAGAGAUUGGAUUUGGGGGUUUUGAUGCAUUAUGCAGAAAAAAUCUUUUUAUUGUAGACACAAAUUAUUUAAUAGCCAUCAGCAUGAUUAUUUGUUAAAUAAAAUGUGUUCAAAAACAUGUUAUAUAGGCUUUUAAAGUAAUUUCAACAUAUUUGGCAUCUGGAUUUCCAUGGAACUGUUUUUUCAUUAUCAGCCCAUUUCCUCUAUAGAGAACUGUAGAUGAAUGGUAGUUGAUCCGUGGAGCACUAAGACUGAAUAAGCAAGCAAGUUCUUAUGCAUGUUAGUUACACUUUUUCACUGCUGCUUGCCUGAUGCUCAGACCUACAGUCCACCGGCCUCUGAGUUUGUUAAAUAGAGUAAAACAUUGAUAGGUGCAAUUAGAUGAAGAAGUAUAAGGUCCACAGCUCCUGUUCUGUCUUUGAAGUGUAUGAAGUCACAUUUAUACCACAAAAAGGUGAAAGGAUGAUCAUACAGAUGUCUGAACAGAAAAUCUACAAUACACAUAAUAAAUCUAUAGUACAUUUUUUUUCUAUUACAUGAGGUCUUUCAAAAUGUUAUAUAUGAAUAUAUAUAAAACAACUAUUGACUGAACCCUGUAAGAGAAGUAGCUCAGUUUGUUUUGUUUUUUUAGGUCUGUGUUCAUGCACCUGUUAAGCUUUACAAAGAACAACAGAGUGUGUGAAGCUCUUUGAAGUGUAAAUAAUUGUUUUAAAUGAAUGAAAUAUAUGAGUGUGAUUUUGGAUUUUAAAGCUGUGUUGCAUUUUAGUUUAUUAAACUGUUUAGGGUGUAAAAUAUAUAACUGCAAUUUAUGAAAGUUCAUGUGUAUCAUGCAAUAUUACCUAUGAUCCUCUACCAUGAUAAGCUUACCUGUUUUUCCAGGUACCUUUUCAGUCUCAGUCCUUUUAAUCAGUUUAGUUUCUUUACUGGGAACUAAAGUUUCUAAAAGCUUGAAAAUGGCAUUAAAUCCCACCAAAAGAAUGAGAGAAUACAGGAAGCAGUGCUUCACUGUUAUGUUGACAAAUGUCUUACUAUAUAAGGCUAUUAUUUCAUAUGGAAUGCUGCAUUAGCCAUUACAUUCAUCCUCUAAAACACUUAAUGUACAAACGAAAUCUCACUGUAACUUUGAAUUGUAAUGUGCUUCUUCUUCUGACCUGUGAAAGAGGGAUCUCAACACUUUUAAACCCACUGCAUUGAUGUUUUAGGGUUAAAUGUUUUCCAGGCCAAUUUGUUAUAAUCAUUUUUUCUAGUUUGCACAGGGACCAGGGUUACUGCAUCUAUAGUUAAAACACAUCUUUUAUGUUUCCAUUCUUGUGUUUUAUAUAAUUUAAUCAAAUAAAUAGUUUGAUCAAG